AUGAAAAACGAUCGAGGUUCGUCGAGUAGGGGCCUCCAAUACAAAAACAACAAUGCAGCAAUCUCAAGUACCAAAGAAAGCCCUAGGUUAUCAGAAUAUAAUUUCAAUAUUGACUCCUUGGCUCUGGUGACAGCUAUUGGGAAGAUUAAAGGAGCAACAUGGAGAUUAAGAGAUGAGGUAGCUAGGUUACUCAAGAACGGUCAUCUCAGAGAAUUCUUGAGUGAACGAGAGAGAAAUAACUAUAAGAACAGGGAAGGUAACAAAAAGAUUGAGCCAAAGGAGCCUCAGCAUAUCAACAUAAUCAAAGGCGGGCUUGAAAUACCUCAAGGACCAGUCAUGAAGAGGACGAAAUUCUCUAUCACGAGGGAGAAGAGGAAUAGGGAUUACGUACUGGAUGGAUUCAUUUCGUUCAGCGACGAGGAAGUGGAAGGCAUCACCCAGCCUUACAAUGACGCCCUGGUAAUCUCUAUACUUAUAAAUAAAACUCACGUUAGACAUAUUUUAAUUGAUAUAGGUAGCUCGGUAAAUAUCAUCCGAUGGAAGAACGUCGAACAACUGGGUCUGUUGGAUCAAAUCGUACCAACAACCCGGGUCUUGAAUGGGUUCAACAUGGCCUGUGAAACCACCAAUGGAGAAAUCACCUUGCCCGUGAAUACAACCGUAGUUGUGCAACACAUAAUGUUCUACGUCAGUGAUGGAGAAAUAAAGUACAAUGCCUUGUUCGGGAGACCUUGGAUACACGUAAUGAAAGCAGUGCCCUCUACACUAUACCAAAUGCUAAAAUUUCCAACCCCUGAUGGGAUAAAGAUAGUCCGGGGAGAGCAGCCAACCACCAAAGAGAUGUUUCCGAUCGAGGAAGCAGCACUCAAAGAACCCGCAUCGAAGGAUCCAACAGCAAGCUGCACUAUGAAUUCAGACACAGACGAAAAGGCCAAAUAG